GAAUAUGAAUAUCCCCUGGUAAAAUUGUACACUUUAACCCCUUUAUAUAUUCCAUUCCAUAAAUUCAAGUUACAUAAACUUCAGUUCUGUAUCACUUCAUUUGUAAUACUUCUCUAACUCAUUUGAUGUGAUGCUUCAUUCUAUGAUGUGUUCUUGGUGUCCACAUUUCAUAUAUAAAAGUUAAAAGAAUUUGAAUUAACACCUCAAGUAUUGAAAGAACUAGCUUGCCUCAAUGGUCCAUCUCAAAGAAUUUCCUAACUUCAAAACCUGCUACAUGGAAAUGAAGAUCAAUUGAAGUCAGAAUUUGGAGAUACAAUACAACUUUACCCACACAAAACUUUUAUCACCAAAGAAGCAUCAUCAAUGAAGUUCCAAUUCUUCAUUGUUCCAUUUCUUCUUCUAAGCAUCAUAUCAUCACUCUUUAACUUGACUCUAGCUGACUUAAUCUCAGAUAAAUAUUCUCUCCUUGAAUUCUCUUCUACUCUUCCACAUGCCUUAAGAUUGAACUGGAAUAACUCUACUCCUAUUUGCACUUCAUGGAUUGGCAUAACUUGCAACCAAAAUGAAACUAAUGUCAUAAGCAUCCAUCUUCCGGGAAUUGGAUUAAAGGGUGCCAUUCCGAAUAACAGCAGCCUAGGAAAACUUGAUUCCCUUAGAAUCCUAAGCCUUCAUUCAAAUGAACUUAGUGGAAAUCUUCCAUCUAACAUUCUAUCUAUUCCUUCACUUCAAUAUGUUAAUCUUCAACACAAUAACUUCACAGGCCUAAUCCCUUCUUCUAUCUCCUCAAAACUCAUUGCAUUGGAUCUUUCCUUUAACUCUUUCUUUGGAGCUAUUCCUGUAUUCAACCUUACUAGGCUAAAAUACUUGAAUUUGAGCUUUAAUAAUUUGAAUGGUUCAAUUCCAUUUUCCAUUAAUCACUUCCCUUUAAAUUCUUUUGUUGGAAACUCUCUCUUAUGUGGUUCCCCUCUCAAAAACUGUUCUACAAUCUCUCCUUCUCCAUCUCCUUCUCCGUCAACUACUCGAAAUCAAAAGUCUACAACUUCAAAGAAAUUCUUUGGAGUGGCUUCUAUACUUGCUUUAUCAAUUGGAGGAAUAGCCUUUCUUUCUCUCAUAGUUUUGGUGAUCUUUGUGUGUUUUUUGAAGAGAAAGAGUAACAGCAGUGAAGAUAUACCGAUAGGAAAGACGAAGAAUGAGGAUUCAAUUUCAAAAAGUUUUGAGAGUGAAGUUUUGGAGGGUGAAAGGAACAAAUUGUUAUUCUUUGAGGGUUGUUCUUAUAGUUUUGACCUUGAAGACUUGUUGAAGGCUUCAGCUGAAGUACUUGGAAAAGGAAGCUAUGGAACAACAUACAAGGCUAAAUUGGAGGAAGGAAUGACAGUUGUGGUUAAAAGGUUAAGAGAAGUUUUGGUCGGAAAGAAGGAGUUUGAGCAGCAGAUGGAGGUUGUUGGAAGAAUUGGAAGACAUCCUAAUGUCCUACCACUUAGAGCUUAUUACUAUUCCAAAGAUGAGAAACUUCUUGUUUGCGACUACAUGCUUGGUGGAAGCUUGUUUUCAUUACUUCAUGGAAACAGGGGUGAAGGAAGAACUCCAUUAAACUGGAAUUCAAGAAUGAAGAUUGCCCUGGGAGCUGCCAAAGGAAUUGCUUCCAUCCACAAAGAGGGAGGUCCAAAAUUUAUUCAUGGCAACGUCAAGUCAACCAAUGUACUCGUAACACAAGAACUUGAUGGUUGCAUCGCUGAUGUUGGACUUACUCCCCUUAUGAACACCUUAUCAACCAUGUCAAGAUCCAAUGGAUACCGUGCUCCAGAAGUGAUCGAAUCAAGGAAGAUCGCCACUCAGAAGAGUGAUGUUUACAGCUUUGGUGUAAUCCUUCUUGAAAUGCUUACAGGGAAGAUUCCAUUAGGAUAUUCUGGUUAUGAGCAUGACAUGGUUGAUCUUCCAAGGUGGGUUAGGUCAGUGGUUCACGAGGAAUGGACGGCUGAAGUUUUCGAUGAGGAGAUGAUUAGAGGUGGAGAGUAUGUUGAAGAGGAGAUGGUGCAGAUGCUUCAGAUUGCAUUGGCUUGUGUGGCAAAGGUGGUAGAUAAUAGGCCAACAAUGGAUGAAGUUGUUAGAAACAUGGCGGAAAUUAGGCACCCUGAGUUGAAGAAAAGUACAUCUUCUGAAUCUGAAUCUAAUGUAUAAACACUAUGACAUGAAGCUUUGAUUCCCAAGUCCUGCUACAACUGAGAGAAAGAGACAAGAUCACUAUGUAUAAUGUUUUAAAUUCCAUAUUUCUUAGCGAGAAUACUAAUGUUUCAGAUGCGCCAUGUUAUGUUGGGCAUUCGAGUUUUCAUGUUGCACAAUUUUUGUCUGAUUCAAGGAUCAUGAUGCUGACUAAACCAAAGGAAGCCAUUAACAUUUUCUUUUUCCUUUCAA